ACAUAUUUGUGCUUGUAGAAAUAAAUUUUCCUAAACAUUUACGUAGGAUUUACUUGUUAAACGCAACAAGCUUUCGUCAUUUCCAUUCAUAUGCUUAAUAUGUGCACUUUCGUUGUACGGCUUGCUUCGGUACUUUUCUGACACUUAACAAUACAUGUUCUGAAAAUGUAAUUCUGAAUAAACUUUAAGAAAAACAGAAUGGCUUUUUUAUGUCCGGUGCGUAUUCGGCGAGGAAAGAAAAAGAAACCUGGAGUUCAUAAUUUUAAUUUGGAGAAAGAUUGUGUUGGAGCAGGAAGUACAGGAUUGGGUUUGGGAACUAAAGUACCAUUACCUCCUGGACGUAUAACAGGAAGUGCUAGUAUUGAAACUUUAGUCAGAGUAGGCAUUGAAAAAGAAAAUGGACUUUCACCAGAUAGUAAAAUGGUCAUUGUCCAUGACUUUACACCUUGCGUUGAUGACGAACUUCAAGUAAAACGUGGCCAGGUUGUAAAUGUUUUAUAUAGAGAGAAUGAUUGGGUGUAUGUAAUAGCAGCUGAUACAUGUAUGGAAGGCUUUGUUCCACAUUCGUAUUGUGCACCUUACACAUCACAGCUUGCUGAAUUAACACUUGCUACUCUAAUGAACAAUGUGAAAAAGAAACUACCAAGGUCUAACGAGACUGAUUGUGAUUUUGCUGGUACAGGUCGUUCACAAACAUUAGAUGCACAACAAACUGACACUGGAUCAGCAUCAGAUUGUGAAAGUUAUGCUCGUAAUGUUACUACUGCUGAUGUAAAUGUUAAUCGAUCUAAAAUUACACAGUCUCAAAAUUCUAUUCAAACUAUAUCCUCUCAGGCAGAUAUACAUCCGUUCUUUAAGGACCCAUCAGCAGGAAGAUACAUUGUACUCUAUACUUUUGUGGCCAGAGAUGAAAAUGAUGUUAGCGUGGAAAGGGGAGAAUUUGUAACUGUUCUCAAUAGAGAUGAUCCCGAUUGGUUUUGGGUACUUAGACAUUGCGAUGGUAAUGAGGGUUUUGUGCCAUCUGGAUUUGUGUAUCCAGGACAUGUUCUUCAUUCUUAUGCAACAACUACUACAACUACCACUACUACCACUGCAGCUACAACAUCUACAGAGACACAUAGUUUAGGAAAAGGCAGUAACUCAAUGCCAGGUAACGAAUCAUUACAACAAAAAGGUUUGCGAGAUUUUCGUGACGAAACAAAUGGUACAGAAUUAGUUGUACUUUACGAUUAUAAGGCGCAGGCGCCAGAUGAUUUAUCUGUGAGGAGGGCUGAUUGGAUAUAUGCAGAUUUGGGAAAUCAAACGGUAGAUGGUUGGCUGUGGGCGUAUGCACCCAAAACCCGCAAAUACGGUUUUAUUCCGAAGGCGUAUGCGCGUCCUCCUGCUAUGACAAGCUUAUGAUACAAACUAUAAUCUUGUAUAUCUGACAUUUUACGCAUAUAUUCAAAUAACAAAGUACUUUUAUAUAAUGCUACAUUUUAAACAGUGCCGAAAAGCGUGGAAAUACGACAAUUACACUUUUCUCUGUUAUAUUUAAUGUACGGUGACAUUAACAUUGAGUGUAGCGCAAUCGGAUGUGAUGUGAUUAAGGAGGCCUUCAUGCAGAACUAUACAAUCACCUGUUAAAAAAAUAUCUUCAGGACACUGAGCUGUUCUUAGCGAAUUCACUGGACCUGUGUACGCCAAGGAACGCAAGCCAUCGCCAUCGAUCUUAUCCACAGCCUGUUGUGGAAAUAGCCCAUUUUUUAUUACAUGCAUAUCAUUUAUAUAAUGUACAUAGACAUAAUUACUUGUCUAACUGAAUGUUUUUAAUUGAAACAAUAUACCUGAAUACUACAUAGAAGUUUUUCUCCCGCGUUUCCAAUGUCCAAUCCAGCAA